AUGCCAUAUAUAUUAGCAUAUUUCCUUCAUCCUGGUUAUCGAGGUAAUGGAUUAAAGAAUAUGUGGACAAAAAUUUCAGAGUACACGCAAAAGUUAUGGGAAAAUAUGGGGUAUAAUAUUAGUGACCAAGAAAUUUUAAUUUCUCAAAUGCUGAAUUUUAAAGCCAAACAAGAUACUUAUUCAACGGCAUUUGUUAAAAAUCGUAUUACGUCUUGCACAUGGUGGAUGUCAUGUAAAAAUCAACCUCCUUUUUUGAAAAAUCUAGCAUUAAAAAUAUUUGCAGUAACACCGCAUAACGCUUUAUAUGAAAGAAUACAAGAUAAUGAUGAUAUUCAAAAAUUAAUUGAUGAAUCGGUAUUUUUUGAAAGUGAAAUUGAUGAUGAUCAUGAAGAAGAUGAAGAUGGCUACGAAGAAUAUUUUGAAAAAGUUGAAAUUUCAAAGAAUAAUGUAUAUGUAUUAAUCGAAGAAUAUGUUAAUUUAGCAAUUUUGAAAAAUGAAGAAAUGAAUUGA